UCACCACCAAAUCCACGAGUUACGAGUCACGAGUCACGAGUCACUAGGCAAUACAAUACAAUACAGUAUGUCGAAACUACCUACUCCGUCAAACACGCAGAGAUUCAUAGUGGCUGCAGUCGCUCUUUUGGCAGGGGCAUAUGUGGUCAUGGAUUCUGGAAAGGAUUUUGAAUUCAUCAAGUUUGAACCUCAUUCACCAGAAGAGAUUGAAAGACGGAAAAGAGAAAAUGUCGGACUCUCCUUGAAAGUGUUAGAGACUUCUACUUUAAAUUAUACCCCCGAAGCAAAAGAACGACUUCGUAAGUUGAUUGAAGAAAAAAGUAAGGAGACAGAAAGCAACGCCUCGAAGAAUUGAAGAAUUGAACAAUCGAAUUGAACAAUUAAACAAAUUGAACAACUACUUUAAUUCGUUGGGUCGUGUAAGUUAAGUUUCCCUCUUUAGCUCAUCUGUAUAUACUUGUAUCAUAUCCUUAAUGUAUAAUAGUCUGAUUAAUUUUGUUAUUUCAAUUGUGACUGUAACUGUAACUGUGCUGAAAAUCUUGUCUUAAUCGUAAUUAUUUUCCUGUUGGAUAGUUUGUAUAGAAAUGUAUUGAUGAGUAUUUGUUGAACUAUGUUGAGUACUUCAUCAUCCCUCCUUACUCUUUAAAGGGUUAAUCUUUACAGCUCAAUAUAUUACAUAGAGGUGAAUAGUAACGUUAUGGCACCAUCGUUUUGUAACUUAUUAUGCAACUACUAUCCUCUAUCCUCCCGAGCAUAAUUCCUAAAGUCAUUGUUUAUUUAACUUUAGCAAAGUAGUUCACAAUAAAACGAAGAAAUUGUGUUAAUACAGAUUGGUUGCAAUGUGAAUUGUCAUCAAUCAAUGGAAUUGUCAUCAAUCAUUGGAAUUGACAUGACCACUCACUAAAUUUCCAUAUUAAAGUUAUCCUUCAACUCCGAAACUGAAUUUCUGAUUUCUUUUAUAAUUAAAAUUCCAUUCAACUUCCUACCUAUUGUUAAUACUUAACUCUUAUUAUAUUAUGCACCUCAGGUAAAAUAUCCUAAUUAGUAUCCGCCUUCCUAAUUCGGCUUUUGCAUGCGUGCUGCAAUGCAUGCAAUAAUACCUAGUUAGGAAACAAGGGCCUAACUAGUUAAAAGAUUGCUAUGGUGUGGGGUAUUCCUCCGUUAGAGUCGGAUGACAGAAUUUUUUUUCUCAAAGACGUUAAUACUGUGAAAAUAUUUCUCCUUGAUUCAGGAGAGCAGAGAACGUUGAGAAAUUGCUCAGGGUUUAUCAACGGAGUGCCUUGACUACAUUCCCGGUUUUCUUGUCAUCACUUCUUCGUAUAUGAGCUUCAUUUAUCAAUUUUAUUUUGUAAUCAGCUGUAGUUAAUAAACAAAACUUAAUACAACUAACUACUAAACUGAUCUUGGAACUUGCAUCUUCGUAUAGAUAAUUUCAAAAUAUUUUGUGUUAUUACGUAGGAAAUCUUAAAUCAAUGAAAAAAUAAUGAGUGAUCGGGACGACCCACCAUUCGCAGCUAACAUUUCUAGCAAUAUCAUAUUGUAUUAUUGUUAAUCAUAAAACAAGUAAAAUAAAGUGUUCAAUGUGCAUCAAUAGUACUUGUGUUGAAAUGAAUUAGAUUACAAAAUUACAAAAUUACAAAAACAGGGUGAGC